UGGCCAAUCAGGCACGCUCUAGCUACGUACCUGGCUGGCCAGUCCUUCAAACGAGAGAGCGAGAAAAAGACUCCACUAGUUCGGAGUGUUUAUUUUCUCUUUAGCUGUUUGGUCAAAACUUUAUCCCGUCAGGACCUUCAUGCUCUUGCGAGCAUGUCGCUGACCGUCGUACUUAAUCCUGAAAAUUUUCAAUUUUCCAACCAGGAUGACAGGAGUUGUUGCUCCGAUGACUCUGGCAGUGAGGUCUUCAGGAGCGUACCCAAAAAUACCACCACUUUUUGCGUAUGGAGAAUUGAGGGACUGCGCGCUAUUUCUGUGGCCAGAAAUAAAAUGGGGAUGUUCCUUUCGGAAUCAGCUUAUAUUAUUUAUACAGUCACAUCUAAGGAUGGCAAUCCUCCCUACCCUGGAAUAUCGUCAAAGGAAGUGAAGGAUCCGGCUGUAAGAUGUAUUCAUUUUUGGAUCGGAUCAUCUUGCGACGCGACUAUCUCAGGAGCGGCUGCUCUGAGAGCAGCAGAAUUGGAUGCACUGGUGUCAGCGACUAUUCUUCUGCGAGAAGCACAGGGUCGCGAAAGUCCCAGAUUUCUUGCCUACUUCCGGCAUAAACUGGUUAUCGAGAACAUCCACCAGGAUCGUCCCACUUGCACACUGCACAGAGUAACUGGAUUGAGCAUGCCGAUCCUGACCGAACUGAAUAGCGUUCGAUGGGAGAAUUUUAGUUCUAGGGAUGUUAUCCUCAUAGACCUCCAAUCUAGGGGCGUCGUUUUCCUGUGGUUGGGCUCGUCGGCAAACUCGCUGCACAAAAAACACGCCUGGAACCUCUUAGAAUCUACAAAAGAGAAUAAUGGCAACAGACGUAUUGUGGUCGUCGAUGAUGGUUAUGAGCAGACCCUACCCAACGAAGACAGAAAUCUACUCAACAGCAUUUUGGAUCUGAACUCCAGGACCGUCGUACCUGAACACUCUCCUGGAUCUGUUCUGGCACUGAGCCCAGUAAAGCUCUAUAGGUGUAGUGAACAAUCUGGGAAGUAUAAGGUAGCCGAAGUAAAAUCUGGUCCAAUCUUUAGAUCGGAUUUGUCUGCAUCCUCCGUAUUUCUGAUUGAUCGCGGAGAGGCAGGCGUUUGGGCAUGGGUCGGAAGUGAUGUAAAUGCUAGAGAAAAAUUAGAAGCAGUCAGAAAUGCCAGAGGAUUUGUCAAGAAAAAAGGAUACAGCCCCAGUGUUCCUGUGGCCAGAGCAGUUCAGGGUCAGGAGCCAACGGAGAUGAGAUCAUUGCUGCGCGGUUGGGGACCUCCGAAGACACGACCUCUGACGUUACCGCCUCGUUUCGAACCAGAUUACAUGGCUGAGAGACCUCGAAUGGCUGCCGAGUGUCAAUUAGUGGACGAUGGUUCCGCUCGGAAGACAAUUUGGAGAGUCAAUUCAAAAAAUGGCAUGAUUCAAAUAGAGAACAAAGGAAUUUACUAUGCUGAAACGUGCUACGUAAUGCGCUAUGAAUAUGGCACUGGUCGUAGGAGUCGAGUCAUUAUAUACUACUGGGAAGGUGCACAUUCCACCAGCAUGGACCGAGAAGCUGCUUUGGAGUCAGCGUGCAACCUGGCCGAAGACACUUCGGCCCAAUUGGUCAAAGCAUCUCAAGGUAGAGAACCUGCCCACCUUCUGCAAAUCUACGCAGGCAAACUGAUAAUCCUUGCCGGACCUCAUAGAGAUGAGGCGCCAAAAAAAUAUCUUGUGAGAGUCCUAGGAUCCACUCCGUAUACGUCGAAAGCAGUCGAGAGACCUUUACGGGCGAGUAGUUUAGAUUCAAGUGGAGUUUUCGUUCUCUUCUCAAAUUGCCCUGCAGUCUGGUGUGGUGGUAGAAGCACCGGCGAUGCUAGAGAGGCGUCGCGACGAUUGGCGCCAGCUGCCGCUCCUCUGGUUGUAGAAGGAAAAGAGGACGAUGAGUUCUGGACGCAGAUUGGUGGUCGAGGAAACUACGGCACCGAGACUACGGAAGACAUGGAGGAGACUGAAAAUCAUUUAUAUCAUUGUCAUACGGAAGGAGGAGCCUUUCUAGGCGAAGAAAUUUUAGGGUUCACUCAGAGCUCCUUACUUCCGGAAGCCGCGUGGUUGCUGGAUGCCGGCAAUGUGGUCUGGGUAUGGCUGGGAAAAUAUUCGGUGAUUAAAACUCUUAGAGAAUGUAUCGACUGCGCGACAACAUUCUUGUACACACAUCCGGCUGGUCGGGAUCGCAACACAUCCAUCUCUGUUGUUAGACAAGGAGUAGAGCCACCGACAUUUAUAGGAUUGUUCGAAAAUUGGAAUCACAAUCUUCUCCGCGAUCAUCAGCCAUUCGAAUCGCAGAGAUUGUCCUUACAAGAUCAGGAACGCAUUAUAAGUAAUGUUUCAUCUACGAAAAGUAUUACUGAAUUUGAUGCUUUUAUCAAAUAUCCUUUUAAAGUUUUGAAAAGUGAGCCGGAUUCUUUGCCAAGGGGUGUAGACGUAGCCCGAAAGGAAAUGCAUCUAACGUUCGAUGACUUUAUGACUGUCUUCAAGAUGGAGCCUACUGAAUUCGAAAAGUUACCAGCCUGGAGAAGACAGCGACUGAAACAGGCAGCUGGAUUAUUUUAAACCACAUCUUGCCGUAUCGAGCAAUUAUAGCAAUCGCUAGUCUGCACAAUGUUCGAACUUAUCAUAGAACAGAGGAACGUAUUCCUGUGUCAAUAAAUUAUUUUGAAAAAUUAUAUUUUUUUUAUGCAGCAGGAUUUGAUCAAAUUGAAAUGCUAGUUUAUUUUGACAAAUUCGACAUUUAUUGAAGAUUUAAUAUUAAAAAAAAAGACAUUGUAUACAUGA